UUUUUUUCCUUUCAUCUUCUCGUCCCCUUUCUCUCUCUCCUUUUACAGCCGGGGAGAUCGAUCAAGCUUUCUUAAAGGAUCAAGCUUCUCGUCGUGGACCACUUCCGGAGUUCCUACGCUAGGGUUUCGUAAGAAUCGCUAGUGGAUUCCAUUGUUGGGGUCUCAAGCUGGGUGAUUCAUAUUCCUGUACUAGGUUCCAUGGAGAAUAAAUUUUUGGAGUUAGAGAAUGAGCUUUCAGUUGAUCAUGACGUUGCAUCGUUGUGUGAGAAAUUUCUACUUGAGGAGUCAGAUUCUUAUUUUGAUGACGUGUAUGCUCGUCUUACCGUCUCAAGAAUGGUAAGUGAUUCUGUCAUCAGAGGGAUAGUCCGUGCAAUAGAAGCAGAGGCAGCUGAGAGAGUUGCCUUGAAGGAAGCAGAGAUAUUGGCUAUGGAAAAGAAGUUGCAAUUAUGUAAAUCAAAUAUGAUUGAAGAGAACUGGCUAGACAUGAAGAUUAGGAAAGAAACAUCAAUCAUAGAUAAAUUAGGUUUCUAUCAAAACUAUUUGGGUGAAAGAGUGGGACCGGAUUGUGUUGCUUGUCUUAGUGAAUUAAAGUUAGCGCUACAAGAUCAUCUUACGAGGCUCAAGGAGGAAAUUAAGGACUUGAUAGAUUCCCACAUUUUACCUAGACCAGAAGUUUGUCCAGCAGAUAAGGAGUUCUGUAACAUUCUUGUGCAUAAGUUGAAUGUUAUGGAUGGAUUUGCUGAUGCAUUGAAAACAUUAACUGUUUCAGUGCAACAGCAAAUUGAUACAUUCCUCUUUUUGAAGGAUAUCAUAAGUGAGCAGGAGUUGGAAAAGAAGUUUCAACAAGAAGUCAUUGCCACUGUGCUCCAGAGUCUAAUAAAGGAACAACAAGAUGAUUUUGAAGCAAAUCUGUCUAAGCGAAAUGUUCUUGUAGACACAUUUAUAGAUAAGUGGAAGAAAACUAUGGAUCGCCUUUCCACUAUGCGCCAAGAGCUUGAUGCUAUUUCUGCAUCAUUACUGAGCUCAGAGCCGGCGUUAGCAUUCUCACACCAUAGUCCUGCUGUAGAUCUGUCAAAAGUAAUAAUUGCUGACUCCCCAGAGCUGAAGCAUCGGAGCAAGGAUGAUCAAAUUGCCUAUUAUAAAACUGAAAUAGCCAAAAUGAAACUACAGCAUGAGUUGGCAUUGCGAGACAAGACAGAAGAAUUGUUCAGACUUAAGCGUGACUACCUUAAUGAAAAGGGAUCCCAUGCUCAUUUUAAGAGAGACAAAGAGAAUGAACGGUUAAAGAAGAAUCUCCUUAGAUUUAUAUCGACAUUGGAUAAUGUUCUUUUAGAGAAUGAUGAAUUGUCACUUGUUCAGAUUCAUGAGAACAUUUUACUUGCUUUAAAUCAGAGGUUUGAUUAUGAAAAUCGACAACUAAUAAGCUUGUUAGCAGACAAGAAAAAGGAAUUAAUGUGCAUUACAGCACAAGUUCCCAAUGACAUGAAUCAAUCAGCAACAUUUUCAAAGAUAGACAGAGACUUCUUGGAGCAGAGAACAAUGGUGAAGUUGGAUGCAGAAGAUGUGAAAUUAGACAGCAUAAUCAGAGAAGAAAUACAAAAGAUUGUAUUUAAAGAUUUAUCUAGUAAACUUGAAGUUGAAAUGAUGCAUUUAGACUUGGAAUUCAAGAUAGCACAGGACAUAACACAGGACAUCUGUUUCAGCUCGUGUAGAGAGUUUCUAAAAGAUGUUAUUUCUAGUGUUAAUCCAUUGAUGGAGAAACAUCACAAAGAGAAAGAUUAUUUUGCAGCAGCAGUUCUGGAAAAGGAGAAGACAUUAUCUUUGAAGAUGGAAGAGAAUAAAAAAUUGAAACAAGAUAAAGAAAGGUUAUCGACAUUGAUUAAGGAAAAAGAGGAACUUUUGUUGAGCUCUGAGAUAAAUAUAAUGAGGCAAAAGGGGGAAUUGGACAAGGUAUGCAGUGAGAUCAAUAUACUAAGAGGCCAACUUAGCGAUCAAUCACUUUGUCUUACAGCUAUAAAGGAAGAAAAUGACUCAUUGAAAGAAACAUUGGCCAAGACAUUGAAGCAAGUUCAACAGUAUGAAAAUGAGUUGAAAGAUGUGACUCAGAACCAUAAGAAUGCAUCUCAUAUUAUAAAGGAACUAGAGAAACAAAGGAAAUUCCUCCAAGACCUUGUUGCAGAAAAUCAAAUGAAACUAGCAACAUUUGGUGCUAGAGAACAAGAACAUUUGAAGUUCAUGACGAUUGUAACUAGUUCUAUAACAGUGUUAUCAGAAAAUGUCUUGCAACUUGAAUGCAGAUUGGCAGACAAGCUAGGGUUUUAUAAAUCAAGGUUGGAGUUUAUCAUCCAUCAAUUCAGCGACCUAUUUCAGCUGGCUAACAUCCUUAAAAAUAGUGCUUUCUGGUACAAGCAAGGAUUUGAAAGAAAAUGUUCUGACCUUCAGAAAGCAGAAACUGAGGUUGAUCUUUUGGGUGAUGAUGUUGAGAUUCUCUUACGUCUUCUUGAGAAGAUAUACGUUGCACUUGAACAUUACUCUCCUGUUUUACAACACUAUCCUGGGGUAGUCGAGAUUCUGAAAUUAAUCAGAAGAGAAAUGAAAAGUAAUCCCAUCUGACGGACUCGUCUAUUCCCUUAUUUUAGACGGUAACUUUUGACACCGAAGACAAUCUCUGCUGGUUUCUUUGCGAGUGAAAAAAGUGCUUGGAUUUUCCAUGUAUGAAGCUGUAAAGCAAAAGUCAAUUACCAGACCGUAGACCUCUAGAAGUCAAUUUCCGAGUAAAUAUACUGAUCGAACAAUUAUUAUCUUUAACAUGAUAUUGCAACAAAAGAUCAUGCCUGAAUUGUACAUUUAUUGGCUAUGCAUUUUCCCCAGUUUAUCA